CACAAACACAAGUCUAUUUGCGAAAUAAAUUCUCAGCAACCAGAAAAUGUCAGGUUUUAUAGGAAAAACUGUUGUUGAGAUGCUUGAACUUGCCAUUUGAUGACCUUUACGACGAGGUCAUUCACCAUUGUGCGCUAACAGUCAUCGGCAUGGGUGUAACUGUUGACACCUACAAGCCAGGCGAUGGGAAACGAAUUCCGAAGAAAGGUCAAAGAGUCGUUGUUCACUACACUGGUACCCUCAUGGAUGGGAAAAAGUUUGACAGCUCCCGUGAUAGAAAUAAACCAUUCGAAUUUGUAAUUGGGACGGGGAAAGUAAUUCGAGGUUGGGAUGAAGGUAUAAUUCAAAUGAGUGUAGGAGAGCGUGCCUACCUAACUUGUACCCCAGAUUACGCAUAUGGUUCCAAGGGUGUCGACAAAGUUAUCCCUCCAAAUGCUACACUUAAAUUUGAUGUGGAAUUAAUCGAUAUUUUAUAACUCAUUCCUGUUUUUUCACUACUCAUUGCAAACACUCAAUAAAUUUUUUUCACU